CUGUAUUGUUGUGAACUUAGAGGAGGUGAGAUGCAGCAAAAGGGCCGAUAAACAACAUUUUAAUAGCAAUAGUUGUAACUGAUUUUAUUGUUUGGAGAAGAAGCCUCUUUAAGUUGUUGUCAGUUUGGUCUCUUAUUUUGAAGGCGGAGUGAUACCUCUCACUGUGUUUUUGAUCUUUGACACGGAAAGCGAGACUUCGCUGCGUCUUCUCACCUGUCAGGGACAUGUCUGCUGACACCUGGAGGAGCUCCUGCUGAACGUCUCCACAUGGACCGGCAGGAGGAACCGCAGGGUUCUGACCCAAACAUGACGGAACCAUCCAAAGGUUUGGAGAGCGGCUCGCCGGCCGCUCAAAUCCCAGGAAGGAAAAAGCUGCAAGACAGCAGCAGCCAGGAGGAGGAGGAGGCCCAAGACUCUGAGGAGGAGGAGGAAGAGGAAGAGGAGGAGGAAGGAGGAAGGUCUCCUUCUGCCCUGCAGAAGUCCAGCACCUUACUGUGGUCAGGACACCUGAACAGGAAGAUCCUGUUGGAGCAGGGGGGCGGAGGUCCUGAGAAGGGGGAGGUGGAGGUGACGGACAGGUCCAGGUGGAGGGAGAGCAUGCCGGAGGGGGAGAAGUGGAGAGACGAGGAGCCCAAGGAGGAGGACUGCUGGCUGGCUGACGAUGAGGAGGAGGAUGAAGACGACGACGCCAUGAGCGUGAAGCCCGCCACGGAGUUCACGCCACACGUCACCAUCGUGAAUCAGAACCAGAACCCAGAGGAGGUCCGGGCCUUUCCGGAGGAGGAGGUGGAGGAUCCUGUCCAGCUCUGCCGGGAGGAACCGUUUCCACCGGAGCGGUGGGACGAGAACGACAAGCUCUACCUCUGUGACCACGUGGACCAGCAGAAGUUGGGCCUCCUCUUCUCCAUUCUGGCUGGAGGACUCCUGUUCCCGCUGCUGGUGUGGGGGGGCUACGCCCUGCUGCCCUUCGACCCCCCCGUUGUGGGUGGCCCCGCCCUGAGGGUGAUCUACAGCCUCCGCUGUGCGUUCUUCGGCGUCGUUCCCGUCGUCCUGGGCGUGCUGGUGCAGGGCGUGGCCCGGCUGCGGCACUGCGCCCUGAAGCCGCUAUACCUGAACGGUCAGGUGGACAGGGAGGUGAAGGUGCACGAGCACUACGUCAGCCAGUCGCUGGCGCUCUUCCUCUUCUACUUCCUGCAGCUGGCGGUCUUGGCGACGUACAUCAGCCAGGACCUGGUGAAGCUGGUGCCGCUGCUGACCAUCAUUUUUGUCUUCGGCAGGCUCAUCUACUGGCUCUGCCUGGCUUUGGACAGCAGCAUCCGGGGGCUGGGCUUUGCCUUUUCCUUUCUCCCAACGGUGGUCAUGAUGGGCGCCAACCUCUACUACAUGUGCUCGUCUGUCGGGCAGGACGCCAUUUUCGACGUGGCGGUGCCCACCACGCCGCCCCCUCCCAGACUGCGAUGGUGGUUUUGAACCCUCAACUCUUUGGUUCUGGUUGAUUUGGUAAACGGCGGUGAGAGCAGCUCGGCGCUGGAUUAGCCACGCCUUAGAGGACGCCGUUCGUCAGACCUGCCAGGAUCCCUUGAUGGGUUCUGAGCUCGUGAAACUCUGGAGGAGGUCCAGGGUCCGCCUGAAGUCCUGGACCUGGACGUGAAAGCUGGACUUCCUGACGGAUCUUCAGCCAGACGAUGAUUUCCUGUUUCUGACUCUCCUCGUCAGAACGAUGGCGUUUACAGAAAUCCUGUUUGAUUUUCCUUUCAAACGUUGAAAUAUUUACUUUGAGUCGCUUUUAUUUGAUGAGAAUCAACUUUUCCCACUUGAAAGGGGGUUCCUGAAUGCAUCUUUGUCAUGUUAAUAAAGGCUCACCUGUGUUCGCCCCAAA